AUGGCUGCGAAUCCCACGACGACGGAAGUACUUACUAUCCCCACUAAGGAUAUUGAGCCCGAGCCAUCUACAUCGAAAGAUACAACUCCCGCUUCUCGCCCAGAAGACCAACGGGGAACUCGUCUCUACGUCGGAAAUCUGGAUCAUUCUGUGGACGAUCAGAACACACACGCAACUUACAGUAACUCGGGAGCGGGCCCUCACCGACGCCACGCAGCUCCUCCAAAACAUACUACUCUUUCUUUGAUGAAAACCCAGAACAAGCUUCAAAAACGCGAGAGGACAUCCAAGGAGGCAGAUGCUCUACUGUCGGAAGUAUUGGGGCCCCCAACUUCUACACCUUUAUCACUUCCUGCUAAACCGCCGCCCUCAAUUGUGCCAGCCUCAACGCAGAGUGUACAAUCAGUUCCUCGUCGACACCCAGAGCCAACAGGCCAACCCGGCCCGCUCUUAAACCUCGGUAUAAUCCCUCCAUCAAUCAAGAACGCUGCCUCGCGUCCCCCCGCUCUUUCUUCUCACGUAAAAGAAAAACCCGGAAAGCUGCAUUGCAGGCGUCGCUUGGUAUUGUGCGGAAGAAAUGAGAUUGUUGGUCAGUUGUGA